AUGUCUCAAAUCGACGAAGCGUAUCUCGUCUGGGCAUCCAAGACUUUCCAGCUUAGACGAACAGCACCUCAAGUCAUCAUACCAAAGGAAUUCAACGUUGUGGAACAAGGUUGUCUAACUCUUGCCGAAUUAUAUUACGCUCUCGAUGAGGACCUCGACAGUCAGGCCGUCACUCAGAUGAAUCAAAACGAGCUGGAGAAAAUCUCCCGCGAAACGGAAUACCACAUCACAGCCAGGUGUGCCUGUCUACUGGAAAUCACUAAAGCGCAUAGGAAAUCCGAGUGUCAUGUUCAGUAUCUCCAUCGGGCUGCGAAGGACUUCUUAGAGGAGUCACCUCGCUGGGAGACUGUUUUGAACCAUACAAAUGGUUCUGAAUUCAAUCCAUGGUUUCGAUGA